AAUUAUAUUCCUUGUCGAUAAUAAAAACCCGCCGCGAGUUAAGAUUAACUUAAUGAUUUUGAUUGUUUAAAAAAAAUGUUUUUUAAGUUUAUUUUAAUUAUCAUAGCUUCAAUUGUAGUUACAGUAAAUGGUUACCUUCAAAUGGUUGUACCAGAUAAUAAAAAUGCAUUUGAUCUUAAUUUGUAUCAAGAAGUUUUAGAUGCUGAACAAUGUGCUGCACAAAUUAAAUAUAUAUUGAGAAAUAACACUAUGUUAUUGAGUCAAUUUUUGAAUGCUGGACCAAAAACUCCUCGAGGUCUAUUAAAAGGUAAUUUAGUUGAUUUGGGUAGUUACUAUGAAUGUUUGGAAAUACAAGAAAAAGUGCAGAAUAUGGAUAUAGAAGGGAAAUAUUGUAUGGUAAGUAUACCACUAAAUCAAGAAUUUAGCACAAUCAACUUAUCUGAAGAGCUAGAUUUAGAAGAUAUAUCGUGGCCAGAACUACCAUGGACAGAAUUAAAUUCUAAAAAGACGCGCAUAAAAAAGAGUACAUUUGAAGGUCUUUUAAAAUAUAAAAUGCUAAAAGCAAAAAUUCAAGAAAUCUUUGGAUUAACUUCGGAAAAUAUAUUGAGCAAUGAAAAAUCAAGUGGUCAAUUACCUAACUUGAAAUUCAAUCUGGCUGUUUGUAUUCCAAAGCCUUGUUCUGUAAAUGAAACAUUUAAAAACCUACUAGGAGGUCUGAGUGAAGUAAAAUUGGAUUUCACAGAAGAAUAUUGCAGACUUCCAAAUGAUAAGCCUUGGACUGCUGUUGAUUAUGUAGCACUAGUUAUAUUUACAAUUAUUGGUGUUUUAAUCUUCUUAAGUACUUUUUACGACAUUCGUCAUGAGGUUAUUCUGAAAAAAGAUGCAAAAACAGCAAAUAAAUUAUAUCGAUCCUUUUCAAUAUAUACAAACACACGGCGGUUGGUGACUUACACUCCCAGUCCUGGAGCGCUGGAAUGUAUGGAUGGGAUUAGAGCGAUUGCAAUGAUGUGGGUUAUAAUUGGACAUACAUUUGCCAAUCAAAUGGUAUCAGCAACAGUAUGGAAUCCUUUGGAUGGCUUGAAUUGGAUAUCAUCAUUUUGGUCUCUUUGGAUCACUACUGCUCCCAUUACAGUAGACACAUUUUUUAUGAUGGCUGGUCUCUUAAUAGUUUAUACAACAGCAGAAAAAAUGACAAGAUCAAAAUUAAUAAAGAAUCUUCAUCUCUUUUAUCUCAAUCGUUAUCUCCGUCUUUUCCCCGUUUUGGCUGCCUCUGUUCUUCUGCAAGCAUCACUUUUUAAUCGGGUGACAGACGGUCCUAACUGGAACACUGUUGCGCAACAAACUCACCAAUGCAGAGUGUAUUGGUGGCCAACAUUGUUGUAUAUACAUAACUAUUAUAGUCCUCGCUUUAUGUGUCUACCGCAUACCUGGUAUUUGGCAAUUGAUUUCCAGCUUUUCUUUUUAUCACCUAUUAUUCUCUUUUGGGUGGUUAGCGGGAGAAAACGAACCGCUUGGGUUGGACUAUUUGCUGGAUUACUAAUAUCUUUAUCUGCAGCUACUAUAUUUAAUUUCAUCAUGGGAUUUCGAUCUGCGUCGAUAACAGUUAGAGAGCCAAAAGAGGGGGAACCUAAUUACGACACUGGAUUUUAUAUUAAUACCCUGACAAGAGCCCCACCUUUCUUUGUGGGAAUGAUUAUUGGUUAUGUUCUUCAUAUUUUCCGAGGGAAAAAAGUGGUAAUACCAAAGAUACAAGUGACAUUGUUAUGGCUGUUAACCAUAGUAUUAUCAUCAGCGGUAAUAUUCAGCAACUACCCAAUUUUACAAGCUGAUUGGGACAACCAACUUGCAGAUAACUUCCUCAAUUCCUUCCAGAGAUCGACAUGGGCUAUGUGUAUUGGUUGGUUAAUAUUUUCCUGUGUACACGGAUAUGGAGGUCCUAUUAACUGGUUACUAUCCCUUCGUAUGUGGAAGAUAUUGGGAAGACUCUCAUACGCAAUGUAUAUUCUACAUUAUCAACUUAUUUUUGUUAUUAAUGGCACACUGUUAUCGCCCAUUUAUUUCAACGUCGAGUUCUCUAUUCGUCAGUUUAUCGUCGACUUCACGAUAUCUCUGCUAGUCGCCUUUGCUGUAACACUAUGCGUUGAUUCACCAUGUUCUGUAUUAAUUAAAUACUUCCUUGGAGGGUCCAAACGAUCGAAAUCAAGUCCGGCAAUACCAAGUUUAUCCAUCGAAAAUAAGAAGGAUACCGUCGAAGUUCCAUGAUUGGAGAAGAGAUUUAAAAUAUUGUGAUAGUGCCACAUUUUCUUACCAGUUGUCCAAUGAACACGUGUCUAGAACAACGUGACUAGAAUUUAUCAUGUAAUCAUUCGGGACAUACCAAAAGCGUAGUAGUGUAAUAGUAACAUAUAAAGUAGUUCCUAACAAAUUCUUUUGUUUGCUUGUGUGUUUCUCUUUAGUAUAAGGAUAUAAAGUUUACGACUGAAAAUAUUAAAGAUUAUGUUUUAAUUUAGAAAAAAUAUAUUAUAAAACAAAUGG